AUGUUCAAUCUCAACAUUACAAGUUACAUGAACCAACUUAAAAAUACUAUAUUUUUGUCUCUUUGUCGAAGAGUUCCACAUCAAAGCAAUCGUCAUCACUGUAGAUUUUUAUCGAGUGAAAAAAAGGCCGAAGAAGCCAUCAAGAAACCACCCAGCGAAAAAGAGAGUCUUGUUGCUGCGGAACUUGCCCUUAUAAAAAAAUGCAAAACGCCUCCAGAAGAAGUAGAGAAGCCGAGGCUACAGACGGUGCGUGUAUAUCGUUGGAAUCCAGAGAAACCAAAUGUAAAGCCUUAUAUGCAACAGUUCGCAGUUGAUUUAAAUAAAUGUGGAACCAUGGUAUUGGAUGUAUUAGCUUUGAUAAAGGCACAACAUGAUCCUACAUUAUCCUAUCGAAGAUCAUGUCGUGAGGGCAUUUGCGGAAGUUGUUCAAUGAACAUAAAUGGUGUCAAUACUUUGGCUUGCCUCACAAAAGUGAAGGAAUCACCUAAACCAAUAGUCAUACAUCCUUUACCACAUGCGUAUGUUAUCAGAGAUUUGAUAACGGACAUGGAACUAUUUUUGAAGCAAUAUCAAAAUAUUGAGCCGUUUUUAAAGCGCCCAGGGGAAGACAAUUUUACUGGCCUACGACAGAUUCUACAGAGUCCCAGAGACAGAGAUAAACUGAAUGGCUUAUAUGAAUGUAUACUUUGCGGAUGUUGUACUUUUGCCUGUCCGCCUUAUUGGUGGCUCGGUGAUAAGUUCUUGGGACCAGCAACUCUUUUGCAGGCAUAUAGAUGGAUAAUAGAUUCACGUGACACGGAACAGAAGGAAAGACUUAGUAAAUUACGAGAUUUUUAUUCGGUAUAUCGUUGUCAUACGAUCUUCAACUGCACAAAAACAUGCCCGAAGGGUUUAAAUCCCGGGAAGGCAAUAGCGCAAAUAAAACGCUUGUUAGCGGGACUUACUAAAAAAGAACGACCGGAUAUAGAAACCCCACUUCCCAAUCCUUGUAAUGGUGAGGAUGUGUAUCAAUGCAGAGAAGAAUAAUUAAUAAAGGAAAAAAUGUAUGCUCAACAUAAUAUUAUUCUUGAAACAAUUUGUAGUUGUAUAUAAAUCGGUUUUUUGUACACAAAGUUUUAUUUGUUUCAAAUUUUUCCA